AUGCAGCGCGCGGAUGAGGAUAUCAAACGGGUUCGCCAUAUUAAGCAACAGCAACUGGUGGCAUCUCAGUUCACACCGCUCACGUUGUACAAACGUGCGGACGGACCGGAUGUGUUUAAGAUGAGCAAUGUAGACGAAUGGUGGAAUUUAAACCCGGUAAAGGUAGCCGAAGAUCAAGCUGCCCUAAGGGCAACUCUCCAGGACAAUCCAUAUAACCCUUUAUCCAUUACGUCCAGAAGGUAAAUACUUUUGAGCUCAUUUAAAGCGAAAACAAAGACUAAAGAGGCUUGAAUAAUUGAAUUUUCAUUGUACAUUAUAACCUUUACUCUUGAUUUAAGCCUAGGAUCUAUCACAACCACGCGUGUAUGUACGUAUUACUUGCUUCUUUUGGUGCUACAAUUUGCACAUUUUGAUGUAUUGGUAUCAUUAGCAAACACAAAAAAAGACAACGAGGUUACAUUUGAUCCCCGUUGUAUUGAAUCUGAACU